AUGGCAUCCUCCGAGCACAAAAAGCCACUCACCCAUGCUGCCUUACGUGAGAAAUUACUGAAGGAAGAAGAGUUCCAAUGGAAACGUGAACGAGACAUGUGCCUGGAGCUGAAAUCACAGGAAGACAGGUGUUUUGCAAGAAGCAGGAAGAGGCACCAAACAGAAAUGAAAGAAGAAAUGCACUAUGCUAAUAAACAGCUGAUGAUGCUUCGACGGGCAGCUUUAAAGCAUCUCCUAAGUAUUGAACACCUGCAAUACCAGCUGGAAUUUAACCAUUUGGGAAUGUCAUUCUAUGCUGAAAGGCUCUGA